AUCAGAGACAACUGCGACGGCACUUUCGAGACCCUGAAGAAGAACAUGCCCUUAGCAAUGCAGUCUGUGCAGCUCAGUACCAUUCGACUGUGGGAACAUCGCAUGCACCGCUGGAUGGAGGCAUAUCGGACGGGUCUGAGCACAAAGGAUGCCCAGUUUCAAGUUAAGCAAUUCAGCUCUACAAAGUACAAGUCUCACAGACGUAUUCCGGAGACAUUGGCUCGCAUUUUCGAUUGA